GUGAGCAGAAAGAUUGUACAUGCCCUGUCUCUGGCUUGCCCAUCAUGGCUUUUUCACCACGGGCCUCACAAGAUGACAGUUAUGUGCGUGAGUUCACCAUGGGGAUGAAGUCUCUGGUGUCUCUAGCCGAAUGCCUGCCCCAGGCUGAAACAGACCCGGACAAGCAUGAGAAGCUGCAGGGACACAGUAAAUGUGCGUUGGAGAAAAUGAACGCCACGAAGAAGGAAUUAGAAGCCCGAAAAAAUGCCCUGAGUUCCCAAAUGGGGGAACUGCUUGUCAAAAAGAAAGAGCAGAGCGAUGAAGAGAAGCAGAAGGAAAGGGAGCUCGGUCAGUUAGAGAUCCAAAUGGAAAACCAUGAGCAGAUGCACUUUUACGUCCAAGUAAAGCUGACCAUGGCCGAGAACCAUCUGGAGGAGCUGAUGGCACUGCUGAAGAAGGCGAGAAAGGAGGAGAAGUGUAGUAAAAUCAUGACAAAUAUCACCCUGGUGCUCCUGCCUCUUUACACUCUCCUAGUUUCGAUGGAAUUUUUUCAAGAAGCCCUAAAAGUGACUGAUACGAAGUUGCUUUUCCUGUCGGCUAGCAUUGUGACCAUCAUUUGCCAGGUGUCUAUGUACAUUGCUCAGAAAGCAGCCUUGGAAUUGCACAAAACCAUCAGCCAGUACAAAAUCCAGGUCUCCGACUACAAACGGGAAGUUUGCAUAUGUGACAAAGAGAAGAGAGAAACCAAGGAGAAGAUUGAACACAUCAGGGCCAGUCUGGGGAAAAACAGAGAGAUUGGUGGUGAACCAAUUGAGCUUUCAGCAGUGCAGGAGGAGGUGGAGGAGCUGAAAAAACACAUACAAUUUGUGAGUCAGCUGAUUGGGAAAGUCAACGCGCUCAGGUCAUACAUUGAUGACCCCUCAGACUAUGAAUAUGCCUGCAUGAUUUUGGAGGAGAUUUAUCAGUUAGUGCGGCCAGUGGUAGAAAAAGGAGGGUGGGAGAGCAGGAGGUUCCUUGACACAGAGACAAUAAAGAACCCGGUCGAGAAGCUAAAAUGUGUGGUUGAAAAGCUUAGGGAGGAUAUGGCCAAGGCUAAAGACAGGAAUUUUUAG